AUGUUAGGAAGUCCGUCUUUCCAGAAUUUCUGCAUCGAACAACUGCGCUAUGAUUGCUGGGAAGAAGUGGCAAUACGGAAUACGCUUUGGCCUACACCAGACCAAGCUCGAGAUAUAUAUUGGAUCACUUCACCCAAGUCAACUAAAUACGAGGAUAUGAAAUACGAGGGGGAGAGGAAGCAUAACCAGCUCCGCAGAUUCGUUGCCAGUGUCAUCGCAGUCAUUCAUCCCUUGGGACGGUUUCAGGAAGAUGAUAAGUUGUAUCAUGACUGGAUGAAGGUGGUGGAAGAAGUCCUAGAUAUCGGCGACGACAUUUUUCGGGCCAGCAACGAGAGCUGGAUUGACGUUAAGCCUUGGCACAGGGGGCUGUUUAAUGUCGAGGAUACGCCGAUAAGACAGCGUUGGAAGGACAUGGUAGAAGGUAACAAGAGAUGA